AUGAGAUUUCGAUCGGACGGUUCAGCUGUUUUCACAGGCACAGUUUCUUUCCAGAUCGGGCUCACCCUGGAAGCGCUCAUGCGCGGCGCGCCUUUGGGAGCAGAUCUCGUUCCUCUCCGCUCUUCAUCACCGACGCUUCGCACAGUGACAAUUUCGCAGCAGAAGCAGCAGCAUUGCGUCGCGUUCCGCCGUCCCCUUUGCGUCGGCGACUCGCAUCCGAGCGUUACUACGAUAUUCUGUCACAGGUCUUCGCACACGAGAUCUCAAGCAGCAAGGGCGCUUAAGACACUGACCGUACCGUUCUCAAAACGCUCAAUCGGUGAAAUCUCCAUGAAGAUUCCGCGUCCCUCUCUCCUCCUGCUCCUCCUCCUCGUCUCUGUCGCACUGAUUCCGCUCUUCGCCUCGUCACGCACUCUUCCGCCUAGGGGGGAGACUCAACAGGCCAAGGGGGUAAACACCACCGCGCCACCCCGCCACCCGCGCCAUGGGGGGAACGGGACGGCAGCGGCGGGGAACCGAACGAAGGGCGGGCAUCCGAACAAGGGGCACCAUCGGGGGAACGGCACUGCUGCAGGGGGACCGAAGAAGGGGAACGGCACUGCACCUGGGGGACCAAAGAGGGGGAACGGCGCAGCAGCGGGGGGAACUUCGCCGAAACCGGCGAAUGGAAACGCGAAGAAUGGAGAUGUGCCGAAUAAUCAGAAGAACGGUGGUGCGCAGCCGAACAAGAAUGGCGGCGGCAGCAGCGCCAAUAAGCCGCGUCGACCGAAGCAAAUUGCUGAGGAGACCUGUAGCAGCCCUACCUUCCCAUCCCUGUUACUGUCUACUCCCAAGCCUCUUUCCGAACCUCCCCACUAUCUCCUCCUCUUCUUUCGUGUCCCCUCCUACCCCAAUCUUCCGUCCCCUUUUCAAUUCUCACCUCCUUCCUUUCCCCGCCUCUCCCCCUCUGUCACCCCCUCCCCUCCUCUCCCCCCAUCUCCAACUCGCUUGCGUCCUCUCCCCUCUCCUCUUCCCCCUGCUUCCCUAAUCUUCACUCCUUUUUCCUUCUUAUCACCUCCAUCCUCUCCCCUCCUCCCCUCCCUUUCUCACCCUCUCCCCACCUCUUCCCCCAUCUCCUCUCUCUUCCGUCUCCCCUCUCCUCUCCCCCUGAGGUGUCUUCCCUUCUCGGUACAGUUCCCUGCAAAAACCAUACUUCGCCCUAUCCUCCCGUUUUUCACCCAUGCCCGUUUCUUACCCAUGGCAGCAAGACCUCUUGGCCAGAGGUGGUUGGCAUGA